CGCUAAUGAAUGCGCCCACGGCCGUGACGUCAUCAGUAGGCGACGCUGGGAUUUUCGUCGCUGGCCUCUGAAAUGGGCACUAAUCAUCUGCCCUGAUUUCACCGAUGAUUUAUGACACCGACUUGCCAAAAGCUUGAAUUUCGACCGUAGGCAACACCAUGACAUGUCCGGGUAACGUAAUGGAAGAGCUCAGCGAGUGGUCCCUGGAGCUGUUUGCAGUGCUGCCGUGUUUGUGGUUGUCGGGACCCGCCUCUCACUAACAUCGCCCACGUGUGAUCCAGAGCAGCAUGAAGCCAGCUCACGAGCGCAAUCAGGAGUGUCUACCUCCAAAGAAGCGGGACCUUCUGGUUAGCAAUGCUUCCAUCAUUCCUAAUAAUAAUAACAACAGCAGUAGCAGUAGCGGUUAUAGUGGAGGAGGAGGAGGAGAUGAAGCAACGACAACUUUACAGACCUCCGUAGUGGGUGGAGAUGCUCAGGGUGGAAGCGGAACUGGAGGUGGCGAAUGGGUCCGGACUCAACCUAACCUUCAUUACGGAGUGGAGGGGCCGGAGAGCAUUGCCCAGGGAUUGCCUUUGGAUCAGUACAGCAUGCUGUAUAAAGUAGCCGUUCCUUCGGUCACCUACUCGCAUACGGUGCUGAGCCACAUCUCUCCAGCCUACACGGUUCCCUCGCCACUUCUCCAGCACACUGGCAUCCAUUAUCCUCCUCUCGGCUACGCUCCCAUCCCACAGUUUGUCAGCCCACCGUACGCCACCGCCGUUCCCUAUGCAGUUCCUCCGGGAUUUGUCCAUAGCCCCUUGAUACCGGCUCAAUCUCACCUGGUGCCCUAUCCAUCCGUCAUCCAAGAUGGUGUGGUCUCGUCGCCUCCUCAGCAGCAGGUUUCCGCUCACGCCUACGCCAAGGUCGCGGCUGCAGGAGGCGUCCCAUUGGUGCUGGCCUCAGAGCACGCAGCAGCUUCUUCCUCUUCUCCCUCAUCACAGCAGCAUGUAGGGGCUAUCGGGAUGAUUUCCACGGCAGAACGCAUUCCAGUCUUCUACCACACGUCAGCAAGCGACAGGGCUGUUCAACCACAGAGCGGCCCGAUGGAGCAAGACCGAGAGGUGAACGGAGGGGAUCGGGAUAAUGGCAGGGAGAGCCUUCAAGACGUGGUUUACAUGGCUAGAAACGCAGUGGCGCGGCCGCAGCAAGGCAUGGCAAUGGAUCUGCUGGUGGAGCGGAAGAUCUGCAGGCAGGAAGGAAGAGCGUCACCUGGCCAUCGCAGCACCCCAGACACCGAUCUGGAGGUCCAGCAAGUGGUGGGGCGUCUGACUUCGCCGGCUCGCGGUCGCAGGGAGGGAGCUCAUGGUUCGUCUCAAAGUAGCAGAGAGGUUCACGGGGAGAGCAGAAUGGCUCAUCUUCAGCAGGCAGCACAGCCAGGCCAUACAGUGAUUCUGCAGAACGGCCAGCCUGUUCUCAUGCCCCUGGAAUACCAUCCUCAUUCUCAUCCUCAGCCUGAUCACGACGCUGCAGCCGAAACUACGCAACACAAAAUCUCUGAUGUCCCAGGCGUAGCUGAGCGCGUGGUUGCGUUGGAGCUGCCCGCCGUGCCCGCUGUCCCCGCUGUGCCUCCUCCCUCACACUUCACCAAAGGCGCCAUCAUCCAGUUAGCGACGGGUGAGCUGAAGCGCGUGGAGGAUCUGCAGACGCAGGAUUUUGUACGCAGUGCUGAAGCGAGCACGGGGCUAAAAAUCGACUCGAGCAUGGUGGUGGAUGUACGCGCUAGCUCACAGAGGCCCGGCCUGGUCGCGCUACGCUUCGCCGUUGGCGAGCGCCAGAGUAAAGUGAGCAUCGACGUUCCUCCCGAGCAUCCCUUUUUUGUCUUCGGUCAGGGCUGGUCAUCCUGCAGCCCGGAACGCACCGCCCAGCUCUACGGCCUCGCCUGCCACCACCUUCAAGUGGGUGAUGUCUGCGUAUCCAUCACCCUUCAGCAACAUUUACCGCCCCACCAAAAACUGCCAUCGACUAACCAGCAGCCUCAGCAACCGACACACAGCAGGACUUCCGCCAAAUCCAACUCUACUUCAGGAGCCUCCUCCGGCCAGCCCAUGGGCCCCCCGGCGCCCCAGAACUCGCGGCCUCAGGGUCAGCUCAGGAUGGAGCGCGUUCACAGAGAGAGGGCCGAUAAAGAGGAGCCCUUAAAGCUGAGCGCCUCAGGACAUGGAGACGUGCCCUCCAGACCCGACAGGACUUCGACGGAGCACACACGCAGCCAGAGCAGUUAUUAUUUGCACACCGAGGCCCAUGGGCCCUCACAGAGGCGUUGGUCAACCCCUGGUUUCCAAAGAUACCCAGUCAAGAGGGAAGAAGGAGGCCUAGCCGUGCCGCCAGGCUCCUCGCGGCCCUCGUUCAUCCCUCAGGAGGUCAAACUAUCCAUCGAGGGGCGCUCCAACGCUGGGAAGUAGCAGCAGACGCAGGAUGCAGUGGCAAGGGGGGAAAGUGUCAGAAAUGCGUAUGGGUUGUGAAAAGAAAAGAGAGAAUGUAGCCUAAGAAUGUCGUUUUCUUUCUUUUUUUUUUUUUUUUUUUUUUUAUUUCCAAAAUUUUGCACACAAAAGAUUUUAUACACAUACCCUCGUUUUUAGGCAGUCCGAAAGCACUCGGGGUUGAGUUAGUGCCAGUUCGUAUUGAUGGCAAGAUCGCAGACCAUCUGGACUAACUGCUCCAGCUGGUAAAUGAACUACCAAAGCUUUUUUCACACCCUGUAAUUCACUUACAGAUGAAUAUUAUCAGUUGCAACUUUCAGCUCUCUGAGUUAACGUGUAUUGAAGGACGAAGCAGCCAUAGGAUGUUCCUAAUUCUACCUGUUUUCCUACCCAUAUAUAAAUCUAUAUAGAUCAAUAGAUAUAUUAAAUAUACUGUGUACUUGAUAGUCUGGACUACCUAAACUUCUAGGAAGGAUGUUUUUCUUUUUCUUUCUCGCUCUAGCUUUCAUUUGACUCGACUUUUUUCGUUUAGUUU